AUGUGGACUUUUCUGAAGACAAAAAUGGCAUUUAUCCACUUAACGAUACUAUUGUAAGUUACAAAACAAAAAAAAUUUUUUAGAACAAAAUUUUGAGUUGAAACCAUACUUUAUAUUAUACUAACGUGGAGUGUAAAAGUAAUUUUGUAAUACUAAUACAAUGACAUUUUCAGACAGCCGCCAACAAUGUAAAGUUUUUGAAAAAUUUCCUAGAAGCAUACCCAGAAUAUAAAAAUCGUGACCUUUAUAUAUCCGGAUUUAGCUAUGCUGGCUGUUAUGUGCCACACUUUGCUGAUGCUGUGCUAAAAGACAAAGAUGUCACUUUAAAACUUAAGGUAAGUACGUUUAAAAAAUUUAAAAAAAAACUUUGCGCAUUGGAACAGCUUGCCUCCCUCACUCUACUCUAGCUGAACAUUGCUCUAUCUUCAUCUUAUUCUUGGCUUCAUCUUAUUCCAAGCCUCAUCAACACCCUACUCUUAUCUUUGUCUUAUAGUGAAGACAUCAAGUUUUGACCUUUUACCCCUCCCCCCCCCCCCCCUUCUCCAACUUGGCUAUGAGUGAACCGAUUGAGACCAAACUUGGUAGAGCGUUUCCGGUUCACUCAUUGCCAAUUUAGAAGGGAGUGGGGCGGGGGGAUCAAUACUCAAUGCCUUUAAUAUAAUUUGUCUUUUCGCAUCUCUUGUUCUACUCUUUACUUUAGCCCUACCCUUGCCUACUCUUGGCCAAACCUUGCCUUACUCAUGAUCUACCCUUACUCAACUAUUGCUCUACCCUUUCUUAACCCUUGCCCUAAUCUUUAAUCUUUAUUUUUUUUCUCACUCAUUUCCUAUAUUUCCCUUACCCUUUCUUUAUCUUUCCCCUAUUCUUGUCCUGCCUUUAUAUUUUUGGUUUUACUAUUGUCCUUUUGUGGCCCUACCCUUGUCUUCCUUUUGCCAUACCCUUGCCCUAUCUUAACCUUGCCUUACCCUUUCAUCGUACUGUAAAAUUUACUUUUACAGGGCAUAGCCAUGGGAAAUGCCGUAACAGAGCUUAACUGGCUAUUCACUUUCCAAAUCCCACUACAAGCCUACCAUGGUCUUGUAGGUAUGGAAGAGUUGGCCGAGUGGGAAAACAAAUAUUGUCCUACAGGCUACGAAAACUUUUGUGGCGAGCAAAUUUCACACGCUCCGAAAAAAUGGCUUGAACGUGAUUUUAACAACUACAAUCUGGCUGGCAAAUGCUAUAGUGGAGAGACUUGUGAAGGUGAUAGCAUGAGAAGAUACUUUAACACACCGGAAGUGCAAGAAUCUCUUCAUUUCGAUGCUAAAGAGUGGAUAUAUUGUAAUCAGUAGGUAUUACUUUAAACAAAGUUUUUAAUUUGACCAAAGUUUUUAAAAAAAUAAUAUAGUUGUUACUAAAACGUUGUUUUAGUGAAGUACACAAGCACUUUGCGUUCUGCGAAGACGCCGAAACACUAGUUCGUAGCUUGUUGGACAACAACGUUAAAGUCUUGUAUUUCUACGGUACUGAUGGUAAGCUAUUGAACUAUACCCUACCCUACCCUACCCUACCCUACCCUACCUAACCCUACCCUACCCUACCCUAAGCAUGUCUAACCCCCCCCCCUUCCCCUGUCCCUCCUUGUUACAUCCCUGCCUACUAAAAUAUCAAACCUUACAUUCCACACCUACCAGACCAGCGCCAACACCUCUCCAUGCGCUACCCUACCUCGCCUGUCUGUUGUUUCUUUGCUUUUGCUUACCGCAGCCUAGUCACUCCUCCUUUAAAGCAAUAUGAUCCUCCUUCCAUCAACAAUAACAUAUUAUCCUCCUUCCACCAACCAUAACAUAAACACCUUCCAGACAACGUCUGCCCAUUCAUUGACGGCGACCUGUUUACUCGUAAGAUUGGUGGAGUUGGUAAGAAAGACCACUGGUUUGUGGACAAUGUCUACUCCGGUACACAAACCGUAUACCCGAGAAACUUGAUUUAUACUACAGUAAUUGGUGCUGGUCAUCCUGUGGCUACGUCCAAGCCAAAGCAAAUGCAAAACAUUCUGUCAAAGUUUAUCAAUGAUACCGAGGAUUGGAAUGCUUGA